GUUAUUUACUUUUGAACUGAUGUAUCACUCUACCUUUUAACCAAACAUCAAAUUUUGCUCUUAAAACCUUUAAAACAUUUAACUAUAUGUAUACAAUUAACCCACAAAAAUGUCCCUAGAGCUCGUAGCUAAUCCUCCACCCUUGAAGAUCUAUCUUCUGACCUAUGAAAUGGACAUUCCCAAGGACUCUGGCGAUGGGGGACUGUUGCCCCUGGUUUUCCUCAAGGCUCAGCAGCUCAAGAUUUGCGGCUUUAUUGCGCAUACGCACAGUGGCCUCAAGGUGGGCGGUGAACUGGAGGGCAAUGAGGGGGCUCUCCAUCAAAUGGUCGAGUGGCUGGUGGCCAAGGCCCAGGGCAAAGACCAGACGGAGGAGGUGGCUGAGCCGGAGGAGAAGAUGAAGGAAGUCAAGAGCCAGAUGACGACGAUGCCACGAUUCUCCAAGUGGAAGCUGCAAUCACGGGCCAAAUACGAUGAUUUCUUUCAAUGCUGAUGAUGAUGCUGCUGCUGAGUUGAUUAAAAAUCGCAAAUUGCAAUGGCUCUAGAA